GGCUGUGCUUUACUGUUGCAUACUACCAGAUAGUGGGUGGGAGUAAAGCGCAACUUGGAACAUUGCGCUUCUUUGGUCAUGACACGAAUGUUAGUUCUUUCACGUCUGUUCUGCAGUUAACUUGAAGCAGGAGUGCUGACUUCCGGUGUUUCACGGAGCGUGAACUUUUUAAAACGGAAUUAUUUGUGUUGUUAGUGCGUUGCCUUAGUUACCCCUAUCAAUCAAUAAGGAUAAAACGGACAUGAGUUACGUUUGGGACAGUGCGCUCCCCUAAUUUAUUAACUAUUUUUUUUUACAAGUGACCAAAGACUUAACAAUAAUGGCAUUAGUGGCGGUCGUGGUUUGCUUAAUCAGUUUGGGAUACGGACAGUCUCUAGAGCUUAAAUCGGGUGCCUACGAAGAGUUGGUCAUCAGCAUAGCAGAUUCGGUGCCUGUUGGAGAGUGCCAGAAAAUUUUGGCCAACGUAGAGGACACCUUGGCGCUCGCCUCCCAGCAUCUCUUCUCCGCGCUGGACGGACGCGCCUUUCUGAGAUCGGCGACCGUGGUGCUUCCGUUCUCCUGGCCGGACUCCUGCGCCCCGAAACCCGUCAGUUCCGGCAUCGGCGAUUUCUCGGACAUUACCAUCCUGCCGAACGAUCUGACGAGAGGAACGAUCUGGACGCAGCAGUCGGCGGGUUGCGGACAACCGGGCGAUCAGAUCUACCUCGCCUACGAGGCUUUGCUGAAGAAGGACGAGACCCUAGCGCGACUAUUCGUAAAACAAUUUGCGAUGUACCGCUACGGAGUGUUCGACGAGCAGGGCUACGAAAACGAUCCCGUGUAUCCCACCUGCUAUUACGACGAUGAAAAUAGGAGGAAUCGCGUUACUGGAUGUUCAGAUUUGCCGAUUAAAGAUAAUGGUAUAUGCAGCUCCGUCGAAAAGAAUUACAACAAGAGCAGGAUGGUGGACGAAAAAGCACGUAGCUCGCUGAUGUUCGCUGCCGAAGUUCCAUCCGUCUCGAUGUUUUGCGACGAGGGCACCCACGACCAGUACGCGCCGACCAAACAUAAUCUAAUCUGCAAUCGCCGGAGUACCUUCGAUAUCAUUAGUAAUCACCCCGAUUUUUCCGUUAAUACGAUCUCCCCCAAUCAGUACACAAACGAAAUUACGAACACGACCACUCGAGUUACGUACCGAAAGCAGAACACCACGCGUUACAUUCUGGUUAUCGAAAAUACGAAAGACAUGCAGGUUCGGGAAUCGUGGAGCCAUUUGAGGAACGCGAUACGUAAAUGGUCACUCUUCGAUCUGCCGCAGAAUAGCGAAGUCGGCGUUAUUCUGGCCGAGAACAACGGCGCGAAGAAGUUGGUCAAUAUAUUGUCGUUAAAGAAGAACACUAAUGCGGGCGAUAUUAGCUCAAAUCUGCCUUAUAAUACUGGCGAUUCCAGCCAGCCGGCCUGCCUUCACUGUGCCUUGAAGGAUGCCAUUACUAUGUUGGUGGACUACUCCAAGUAUAGGAGUGGUGCACGCAAUGUCAUUGUGUUAAUUGCGCCUGGCAUGAAUAUGAACGCUCAGUUGGAGAACCUGACCAAAGAAGCUAGAAAAUCCAAGAUACGAAUCGCGACAAUUAACUACCCUGAGGUUGUCAGAUCUCAACCCCUUGACUUUCUUGCAACCCAAACUGAUGGCGUCGCUUACACGGUUAUGGAGCAAAAGUUUAAUGUGGACAUGAGCAUGCUGUCAUCUUACUUCCAGUUAACUAACGUUCUUUACAACGUAAUUGAGCGAUUUUACUCAGGAAACCCAUCUGAGUUACUCAUGGAGAUUCACAGGCGGAAAUUGACGAAUGACGGUCGAACUUCAAUUACUGGCAGCUUUGUACUGGAUGAAAAUAUGGGCGAGCCGGCGCGUUUCAUGCUGUACACCCACAACACAGAACAACCGCUGAUCCGUGGCCUUUCCCUCAUAAGUCCGAGUCACCAAGAGUACACAGGACGAAGUGAAGAUAUGGUUAUCGCCAAAAUACUUUCGUUAAGGGUUAACAUUUCUGAGCCCGGCACUUGGACUUACACCAUCGAGCGGGACGCCGGAAAUCCACAACCUCACUACGUCCAAGUCAUGGCAACACCGCGUACUCGUACAGUUCCGGUCGUUAGAACGAGGUUUUGGGUGCGCACCAAUCAACCGGGCGGGCCGCUAAUUUUGCUCACCGAAGUUAAGCAGGGCAACUGGCCCGUUUUGGGCGCGAAGGUUCUCGUCACGUUUACCAGAUCGGAAGUGAACGGUUCGGUUGCGUAUAGUGAUAAUUUGGAACUGCUGGACACUGGUAGUGGCGAUCCAGACAUUACAAAGGGGGAUGGGAUUUACUCCCGAUACUUCAGCGCGGCUUCUGGUGGUCCAGGCACGUACACUUUCGAUGUGACCGUCACGGAUAAUGGAAAUACGGCGUAUACCUGGCAAACUAAUAUAAACGCACCAGAUGAAAAACCGUGUUGCGGAAGCACGGUACCGACUUACAGUGUCCAGCCGCUCUCGCCGUUUCAAAGAGUUCUUCCACCAAUCACCAUUGUGUUCACCUCUGAAGAUAUGGUUCGGGCGAGUCAAGUUACGGUCGGCCGUAUCGGCGAUCUGAAGGUUCAAGUAAAAGCCGAAGACAUGAAGGCUUUGCUCACUUGGACAUCGCCUGAUCUGGGUGGAACCAGAGCGGCCCGUUAUCAAAUUAAAUACUCAUCAACUCUCAACGACAUCGUAGACAACUAUGAGGUGUUAGCGAAGACUUGGGAAUAUGACGCCCCUCAUGUGUUAUCCAUUGGUACCGAAACCACAUUUACGCUCGACAUGACCAAAGCAAAGCACUUACUCGAUAAACCGCUUUAUUUUGCAAUUCGGUCGUAUCCACAAAUGUACUCAGACUCACUGGCGUCUCCCUUGUCGAAUUGGGUCAGAGUUCUUGUUCCUUCUCCACCUCCGCCUCCAACAGUGCCUCCCACCUACAUUCCAAACGACCAAACAGCGUGGCCCAAUCAAAUGAAUCCAAGCAUUGACACAGUAGGACCCGCCAGCAACACUGGAAACUUCGGACUUGAAGUUGUACUACCGAUAGUAAUUGGCGUAGUUAUCUUGGCCAUAAUACUAAGCCUCUACUGCUACUUCUGCGUAAUUAAACGCCGCAAUCGCAGCAGUCACAAGAAAUCGCACCACUCCACCGGUCUACAAACCGACAAACUGAGUUCGGCAGUAACGAUUGUACCCAGCUCCCCUCUGCACUCCUCGCAAAACUCGCAACAAGGCUACAUUAACCAUUCAGAUUUACCCGACCAUCACACGAUUGGCGUCCCAAUUAACAGCUUCUCAUUCGACGACGAACCUAAAAAGCGUUACUCACUCGUGCACCAGCAAGAACAGCAAUUAAUUGAAGAACUAAAACAGCAACAAAUGCAGCAACGUGAGUUAAACACCCAAAAUAAUACAUAUACAGGUCUUAGUGUCAUCUCGAGUAAUAGCUUGCAGCGGAACGGACACACCCUAAGUCCGUACAACUCCUGGAGCGCCUCUCAGCUAUUACACGAGCACGAACGCCGCCACAGCCCCUUGGAUAACAUGAUCCCCGAAGACCAAUUACUGGCGCACCACCAAUCCGAGCUCGAUCACAUGUCCCUGAACGGACAAAACGUCGAUCACAUCAGCAUGAACGGUCACCAGAUCGCGAACCAAAUCACCGACCAUUACGGGCAAACGCAUGCUCCCCCAGUUCCCCCACUCCCCGCCUAUAACUCCAACGGGUACCCCGUAAAUUACAACAUUUACGGCGUUCACCAGCCCCCACCCCAACAGAUCUAUCAAACGAUGCAAAGAAACGAGUCCUUGGCGCCUUACAGUAACAAUAGCCUGCAGGGCUCUUUAAAUUCUGUUAAUAGCGGUGAGAAGAAGAGGCGAAAUGUGACUAUGGUGUAACGGUACGUGUAUAUUAACCAAGUGCAUGUGGACUCAUUUGAGACGUUUUUGUGAGUGGUGCAUGAAGAGUUGUGUUCGUAUAAAUUUAAGGGACCUAGUCAAUUGAUCUGGAUUUUCAAUAUAGUGAAGUAGG